GAAUUUUGAUCACGUGACCACAGGGAUGCCACAAUGGUCCUAAGUGUGGAAAAUGGUCAUAAGUCACUACAAAUUGUUAUAAGUAGAGAUUUACCUCUAUAAUACUGUGUCAUGUGGUAAAUAAUUAAUAAGAAUAUAGUCUGUUCUCACAGUGGCCAACCAUCUGCCCAAGGAAGCCCAACAGGAUCUGGUUUAUAUUAGGUUUACCUGGUCUAGCCGGUACACAGGUCUGCUUAGUGUACUUGCAUCCCAUUUCAUAGAGAGGAAAAAUGAGGCUGCCAAUCAAAAAAAAAAAAAAACCCACAGGAAAUUUCAGCAGCAAAGCAAUGGCUCUUGACUUGUAGGCAAAGCUUCAAGUCCUCUUCUUUCUUUGCUGGUUUUGGUCAUUGCUCUGUUUCCCUCCAGCCAGGAAAACAACAGCCUUCCAAGGCAGCCAAAGAUGCCUGGCAGCGUCCAGCCACUCCCGCCUGCCCUUCGCUCUUGCUGCGGGGAUGAGGCCUGUCUGGCAGGAAGCGGGCUUUGGAAAGCUGCAGGCAUUCCUGACGGGCUGGUUCGGCCUGCUCUUGCUAUUCUCUCUGGAAGGGAAGCAGGGCAUGGCUGCGCACAGGGGACUCUGGGACCAUCACAAAAGGGGGAGAGGAGCGGGAGGAGGAGGAAGAGGAGGGAGACCGGCUCGCCUCGGCACACACCCCCUUAGACGGCUUAUAAAAUGGCGACGGACCAUCCCCGUUAGAGCAAAAGCCGGGGGGCAAAAGGAGGGCCCGUGCCCUCCGUCUGAGAGUCGUUGCUUUUCCCCCACAGGCAUCUCGGGCGCAGAGAAGGAAAGGCGGCAGCCGACCGUUCGUCUCCCCCUUAGAAACCGAAGGGGCCACAAUGAUGGUGCAAAGCGAGGACAGACGGGGCGGGGAGCUGGCAGCAGUCUUCCAGAGCGCCUUGCAGCCGGCGUUGCUGCUUUCUUGCGCCCUCCUGCUGUACUUCUGUGAGCGCAAGCGCUCCGCGGCUCCGGGGAAGCGUCUUCCCGGUCCCGUCGGGUGGCCGCUGGUCGGCAACGCCCUGCAGCUGGGUCGCCUGCCCCACCUCACCUUUUGCAAGCUGGCCGAGCGCUACGGCGACGUCUUCCAACUCCGCCUGGGCUUACGCUCCAUCGUGGUGCUCAACGGCGAGGCGACCAUCCGGCAGGCGCUAGUGCAGCAAGGCGGGCCCUUCGCGGGCAGACCCGAUUUCCCCUCUUUCCGGAUGGUCUCUGGCGGGAAGAGCGUGGCUUUCGGGCGCUACACGGAGCGCUGGCGAGCGCAGCGACGGGUGGCGCAGGCCACACUGCGCGCUUUCUCGACGGCCAACGCGCACAGCAAGCGACUCUUCGAGCAGCACGUGACGGCCGAAGCACAGGAGCUCAUCGACGGGCUGGCGAAGCUCAGCCAGGGCGGCGUUUACGUCAACCCGCUGUCGCUGCUGGCCGUGGCCAACGCCAACGUGAUGUGCGCCCUUUGCUUCGGGCAGCGCUACAGCCACACCGACGGCGAGUUCCGCGCGCUGCUGAACAGGAACGACCGCUUCGGGCAGACGGUGGCGGCGGGCAGCUUGGUGGACGUGCUGCCCUGGCUGCUCUACUUUCCCAACCCGGUGCGCAGCGUCUUCCGCGACUUCCAGGCUAUCAACCUGGAAAUGCUGGAGUUCGUGCGCGCCAAGGUGGCGCAGCACCGGCUGACUUUCCAGCCGGGCUCCUCUCCCCGUCACAUUAGCGACGCCAUCCUGGGCCUGAUGGAGCACGGCCCCGGGGGCAAAGAAGGGCCCCUCGGGGACUACGCGGAAAGCACGCUGACCGAUCUCUUCGGCGCCGGUCAGGACACCACGUCGGCUGCUCUGGCUUGGCUGGUGCUGCUGCUUCUAAAACACCCACAGCUGCGAAAGCAGUUGCAGGCCGACCUGGACCGCGUGGUGGGUCGCGAUCGGCUUCCGACGGCCGACGAUCGCGCCUCCCUGCCUCGCCUGGAAGCCUUCCUCUACGAGACGCUGCGCUAUUGCAGUUUAGUUCCCGUCACCAUCCCGCACGCCACCACCGCCGAGGUGUGCCUGGGCGGCUUCCACAUCCCCGAGGGCACCGUGAUCUUCGUCAACCAAUGGUCCGUCAACCACGAUCGGGCCCGCUGGAAAGACCCGCACAUUUUUGACCCGACCCGGUUCUUGGACGUCCAGCAGGAGACUUUCGACCGGGACCUCGCUUGCCGCGUCCUGAUCUUCUCGAUGGGCAAAAGGCGCUGCAUCGGGGAUCAGCUCGCCAAGCUGCAGCUCUUCCUCUUCAUGGCCAUCCUUUUGCACCAGUGCGACCUGACGGCCAACCCAGCCGAAGAGAUAAAGGUGGACUGCGAGCAGGGGCUGGUUCUCAGGCCCCACCCCUACACCUUGUCGGUGACCAGGCGAAGCACUUCCCGGGCCGAGGACGACAGGAGCCAGAGGAACACCGACGUCACCUGCCCUUCUUAGCGUUAGUGCGCAACCCGCGACCUGCUUUGUAGAACCGUUUUAAACUCUGGAAUAAGCGCCCUGGCGGGUGAGGCGAGCGAACUGUUGCCUUUCCUGAAAUCAGCGUCUUUACUUAUUUCUGUGCCUUUACCAGCAGCUGGAACUCAGACAUACGAAGUCCUCUGUCAAAGGACAUUUCAGCUGGGCUCCUUCCACCCCCCCUUCAAUUAACUUGUGCCCCCUUCUCUAUAUCCUAAAAAAAAGCCUUCUCAGUCUGCUGGCUGCUUGCUGUGCUCAACUGCAACUGCUUCACUAUGAGCUGUGGGGAGGCUGCAAAUUUGAUUUACAAAUAAAUAGCAAUGUAGACAAUA